AGUCCAGAUCAUAUCAUACUUCUUUCCCACAGACUAUACAUGACUCACGGCCAAGCAGCCCAGGAUCCCGAACACCACAGGGUCAGUGAGUGUGUCUGCCUCAGACUGGCCAAGGAGUUCGAGCAGUCCCGCAACAGGCCGAAGGACACGAGGGGGAAAACCCUGCCCAUCCCUCAGUCAAUUGUGAGCGUCUACAGCCACAUUAGACAGCUGCUGGAGGACAGCAGGGUUAUCGUGGUCCAGACGGCGCUGGCUCUGGUGCCGGUGAACAACACCACGGUCUCUGCAUGGCUGCUUAGGAGGGACAAGAGGAAGGACAGGAACAUGCUGCUGCAGGGCAAUGUUCUCCCUCAACAGCUAUACCUGGCCAAGGAGCCUCUCCCUUCAUCAAACACUCUCCAGGCUGCCCCUGUGCAACAUGCACAUGAGAUGACAUUUGACGAGCCCGAAAACCGUGAGGGGGAAGCUUUCCCCCGCCAGCGCACUCUAGCGGCAAACAAGCCUAAUGUCAUCUCUCCGCCACCUCCACCUCCUCAGUUCCAUCCACAAUUUGGGCCAGCUCCUCCUUUUUCAUAUGCUCCCCCAUUUCCCCACUUUCCAUUUCCCCAUGCUCCUCCUUAUCCGUAUGCUCCCCCCUAUCCGCACAUUCCAUUCACCCAUGCCCCUCCUAUGCCGCAUGCUCCCCCAUUUCCAUCUGCACAUGAUCCUCCUUUACCUCAGGCUCCUCCAUGUCAAGCUCCUCCAGAGUGCCUUCCAGGUGCCCAGCCAAGGCAACGUACCUGGAGGCUGAACAAAGCUGCCCAUGAGGAUGAGGAUCUAAUGGCAAGGGGGGAACCGCCACGGAAGAGGCUGACGAAGGAGAAGCACCACUACACCUGCAAGAAGUGUGGCCAGGACAAAAACAAAAAAACCGGACACACCCAGCUGAAGGGGCGGAGGUACUGUCCAGAGUCAGGACAGACCCUGGAUGACUGGAGGAAGAGUGUAGGCCUUUAGUCACCAUUCCUUGUCUCUCUCUCUGUUGUUUGUCGGUCUGUCUCUGUGUUGUUCGUGUCUGUCUCCCUGUGUGAUCCCGACCAAGGCCUCGUAAGCCAGGCCGGUAAGUAUUCUUUUUUUUGGAUACGCCCACACCUGGUCCACUAGUUGGGUGUUAAC